AUGCUCGAGCAAUUUGACAACGGCACUUUUGAUGUUCAAGUGUGCCUUUUUGGCCGAAUUAUCAAUAUUGGAGAUACGGAGAGGUAUCCUAUGAUCGCGCGCCGGUGGGUCAUAACGCCGCAGCUGAAAUUACACCGGACACACGCGAUCAUUAAACGUGUAUAUCUGUUAAUAAUAAUUGCGAUUGUCCGCUCGUACGUGCGCGGGGGAGUUAUGGCGCAGUUGCCGGGCGAAGCUCCUCCCCCUCCUACUCCGAUACUGCCCCCCCCCCCCCCCCCCCCCCAAGCCUCUCGGUUGCUCCGCGUAGCGUCU